GACCGAGUUAUUCAGCUGAGCUUGGCGUUCGAACAUCUCGUGGUAGUCACCACCAAUCAGUGCCUAGUAUACACAACGAAAAAUUGGAAUACUCCCGUCAUUUUCAAUCUCCGGGAAUCGAACGUGAGGCUCAUUCUGCAAGCUGAGAAAGUGUUCUUGCUUGCUGAUGGAGCCAAUUUGUACGUCCAUGCAUAUGACGGAAAGCUGGUGACGAAUCCGAAAUGGCCGGGACUGCGUCCGGAUUUAUUGAAUGCGAAAACACUUUCCUUGUCUAAUGAUACCAUUGCCGUCCGAGAAAAGAACGACGAGAAACAUAUCCUGUUUUUUGACGCGGCAUCUGGAAAGGCUCUGAAUGAUCAGAAACCAUUUGCCCACACCACCGAAGUCAUGGAAGUCGCUCUAAACCAAGGUGGCUCGGUGGCCGAUCGUCGGUGUGCAUUUGUGGACCGCAACAGAGACCUUUUUCUGUGCUUCACCCGUAAAGAACCUCCGAAUAACUUCAGAGUUGCUAAACUGGGCAAUAUGAUACAGUCGAUCUGCUGGAAAGAUUCGGUGAAUAUGCUUGCGGUGUUGCAUAAUGGGAAACUGACGAUUUGGUAUUACCCGAAUGCGGUGUAUGUUGAUAAG